AUGGCGAGUGCACAGGCAGUGGGGCAAGGAGAACGAGGCCACUUCGUUCUGAAGAGCGGACACACCAUUCCGGCCGUUGGUCUAGGCACUUGGAGGGCCGGCUCAGAUACCGCUCACUCUGUUCGGACCGCCAUCGCCGAGGCUGGAUAUAGGCACGUGGACACAGCUGCCCAAUACGGAGUAGAGAAAGAGGUCGGUAGAGGACUUAAAGCUGCGAUGGAGGGCGGGAUCAACAGGAAAGAUUUGUUUGUGACGUCGAAGCUAUGGUGCACCGAGCUGGCUCCUGAUAGGGUUCGGCCAGCACUCGAGAAAACACUCAAGGACUUGCAGCUGGAUUACCUGGAUCUCUACCUUAUCCACUGGCCCUUCAGGCUGAAAGACGGGGCGCACAUGCCCCCGGAAGCCGGGGAGGUGCUGGAGUUCGAUAUGGAAGGGGUGUGGAGGGAGAUGGAAGGCCUCGUGAAAGACGGGCUCGUCAAGGAUAUAGGUGUCUGCAAUUACACGGUCGCCAAGCUCAACCGCCUGAUGCGGUCAGCGAAUGUUCCACCGGCAGUGUGCCAGAUGGAAAUGCACCCUGGGUGGAAGAACGACAGGAUCUUUGAGGCAUGCAAGAAGCAUGGGAUCCAUGUUACUGCUUACUCUCCGCUGGGUUCGUCAGAGAAGAACCUAGCGCACGACCCGCUCGUCGAAAAGGUAGCCAACAAACUGGACAAGACCCCGGGGCAGGUGCUCCUCAGGUGGGCGCUCCAGAGGGGGACAAGCGUCAUCCCUAAAUCGACCAGGGACGAAAGGAUCAAAGAGAACAUCCAGGUGUUCGGGUGGGAGAUCCCUGAGGAGGACUUCAGGGCCCUGUGCGGCAUCAAAGAUGAGAAGCGCGUGCUGACCGGAGAGGAGCUCUUCGUCAACAAGACCCACGGGCCGUACAAGAGCGCAACCGAGGUGUGGGACCACGAGGACUGA